AUGUCGCGUACGCAUUCACCGAGAGAUCAAUGGCAAACCUCGAGCACCAAGAAGAAAAUGUAUGAGCAGCCAGAAGGCUUCAUCGCCAAGACCCUCUGGCGACUAUGGAUGAAAACGAAGGCGACGUUCGCAUUCUCGAUGCUAGAGGCUUGGGAAAUCAUCCUCAUCUUCGUGAUUACGGGCAUUGUCACCGUGCUGGUUACCAUCGCCCUCGUACGAUACUUACCAUAUACCAUCCUCUCGGCUUCUCGGCGCGCACACUACUACCUCUCUGGACAAGACUCGGUAGUUGAUUGGAGUAACCUGUUAAGUUUCGAGAUGUGGAAUGGGAGUCGGAUCGAGAUGUAG